AACCAGAUACUAUUGGCUAACUUUGCAAAUAAAAUGCCCUCAGAGGGAGGAAAAGGGAAAUACUUGCCUCUGGCAGAGUCUGCGUGGGACAGGGUGACUGAUUGGCACGAGUGGAGGUCCCCUUCCCAGGUCUACGCCAGGCUGUCGCCAUGCCCACCCUCUCUCCUGAAUACCUGGAUAACUUUGAGUAUGAUGAAUCCUCUGAAGCCUGUGACAUUGGGGAAGCUGUGGCCUUUGGGACUGUCUUCAUGUCCAUAUUCUACUCCCUUGUUUUUGCAUUCGGCCUGGUGGGAAAUUUGCUGGUGGUGUUCGCCCUCACCAACAGCAAGAAGCGCAAGAGUAUUACUGACAUUUACCUGCUGAACCUGGCCUUGUCUGACCUGCUCUUCGUGGCCACCUUGCCCUUCUGGACUCACUACUUGCUAAGUGAACAAGGCUUCCACAAUGCCGUGUGCAAACUCACUACCGCCUUCUUCUUCAUCGGCUUUUUCGGAGGCAUAUUCUUCAUCACCGUCAUCAGCAUCGACAGGUACCUAGCCAUAGUCCUGGCUGCCAACUCCAUGAACAACCGGACCGUGCAGCACGGCGUCACCAUCAGCCUCGGCGUCUGGGCAGCAGCCAUUUUGGUGGCGGCACCCCAGUUCAUGUUCACAAAGCAAAAAGAAAACGAGUGCCUCGGUGACUACCCCGAGGUCCUCCAGGAGAUCUGGCCCGUGCUGCGCAACGUGGAAGCAAACUUCGUUGGCUUCCUGCUCCCUCUGCUUAUUAUGAGUUACUGCUACUUCAGAAUCCUGCGGACGCUGUUUUCCUGCAAGAACCACAAGAAAGCUAAAGCCAUCAAACUGAUCCUUCUGGUGGUCAUUGUGUUUUUCCUCUUCUGGACACCCUACAAUGUUAUGAUUUUCCUGGAGACACUCAAGCUCUAUGACUUCUUUCCCAGUUGUGACAUGAGAAGGGAUCUGAGGUUGGCCCUCAGUGUGACUGAGACCGUUGCAUUUAGCCAUUGUUGCCUCAAUCCCCUCAUCUAUGCAUUUGCUGGGGAGAAGUUUAGAAGGUACCUUUACCACCUGUAUGGGAAGUGCCUGGCUGUCUUCUGUGGGCGUUCGGUCCACGUCGGUUUCUCCCCGUCUGAAUCACAGAGGAGCAGGCAGGGAAGUAUUCUGAGCAGCAAUUUCACUUACUACACCAGUGAUGGAGAUGCGUCCCUCCUUCUCUGAACGGAUCCUCAAUGCCUUGUCUCUACAGACAACCCAGAGUUCCUGAAUCUGACACUGAAUAACGAGGACAUAUUUUUUUUCUUCGUUGUUUCUUACAUGCAAGAAAUGAUGGGCCCAACGCCCACAAAACAAUCCUAGUGUGUUGUUGAGGAUUAUGCUCAAAAUUUGAAUGAUAAAGAGUAGACAUACCUCUUAGAGCAAAUGUCAGCAUCUUUUUGUUUGUUUACAACAGCAAAAAUUCAAGCCAGACUAGUUUAGUUAAAAAGGGGGUGGUGAAUAUUGUUCACAUUGUGACGUGAGCAAAGCAGUGGCUGAGCCCUCAAGGUAAGGGGAAACCAGGACUUGAACCUAGCUAGAAUUUCCUCUCUCUGACCCUCAAAUCUUGAGUAGUGACAGAUCUCCCAGACUCACAUUACACAGCUUUAUCACCAGAGAGAGACUGACACCCAUGCCCCUCUGGUCCCAAGGUCAAAAUUCCCAGGGAAGGGUUCUGAUUGGCCAAGUUUGUAUGAGCUGCCCAUCCAUGGAGAAGGAAUACACAAGAAGGCAGCUGCAGUCCAAUCGCAUGAUUAGAAGUGCGGUAAGACAUAUUUCCAAAACAUCAGAGGGAUGAGUAUUGUUUUGAUCAGGCAGGACAAGAGCUGCACACCAUUCUUACCAUGUUUCUGACCCAGCCUCUCCACUGAUCACACCAGACAGCAUCUGCUCCCAGCAUCCUCUUCAUUAAACCUUCUUCUAUCAUGUCUCUAAACCUACAAGGGCUCCCCACUGCCCACUGCAUCAAGUCCAAACUCAAAUGCCUGGCCUCUGAGACCCUCCACCAUGUGGUUCCACCAACAAGUUCCUCAUUGCCUCCCCAUUCCCAAAGGACUCCACCCAUCCUGUCAGCCAGGUAUCUUUCAUCUAACCUCAUGUAGCUCCACCUGCUCCCAGGCCAGGGGGAAAAACAGAAAGAACGAACCCUGCCCCCAAGUGAGGAAGGUUAGAUUUCAACUCUAACCCUGUCACUUACCCGCUGGGUAGCUUGGGGCCAACCACGCUUCAGUUUCUACAUCCAUAGAAGGGGGAUAAUGGUGCCUCUUGCACAGGGAGCAUCCUUUCUAGCAUGAGAAACCAGCCAUCAACUCUUGCAGGUCCAAACAGUCAUGUCUGGUUCCCAGACUUGAGCUUUCCCCUCACCUGGCACCAUUGCACUGUGCCCAAGUGGAGGUGCUGCUGGAAGGGCCUGCAGACUGUGCUGCAUGAUGUGGCCCAGAGACUGAGGUCUUAUGAUGGCACCCGAUGAGUGAGAGUAAGUCUACAGAGUGAGAGUCUUCCCUGACCCAGCUCUCCCGGAUUCCUGGAAUAUUUCCUCCCAAUUGUCUCACGGCAAGCCCCUACCCAUCUGGGAAAAAAAAGCCCAUCAUUCAUGCUACUGCCAGCCGGAGGAGCCAGGACCACUGGAGUAGCUUUAUUUUUUUUUCAGAAACAUUUGG